AUAGUGAAAAGGGGGACAAAGCACAAAUAUCAAUUGAAAAAAAUAUACGUAAUAGUAAAAAUUUCUCGUUCGUCGGCAGGCCCAUUUGAGUGAAGUAAGAGCACAGAUCCGAUCGUAAUUUCUCCUCUGCCCGCCCUCCCCAAGACUCAAUCUCCUCACUUAUCUUCAGUUAGCGAAGGAUUGUGAAGUUGAGUUUUUAUGGAGGGUGAUGGUGCCUCAGCGGCUGCUGCAUUGAACAAACAGAGGCUUGAACUUUCAAAACUUUUCCAAUACUAUUUAGAUAAAACUACUCCUCAUGCUACAUAUAGGUGGAUUGGAACUUUUGUCUUAGCAUUGCUUUAUGCUCUGCGGGUUUAUUAUGUUCAAGGAUUCUAUGUUGUUACCUACGGUUUGGGCAUCUAUAUACUCAAUUUGCUGAUCGGUUUCCUGUCACCUCUUGUUGACCCUGAGUCGGAACCUUCAGAUGGACCAUUGUUGCCAACUAAAGGUUCAGAUGAAUUCAAGCCUUUCAUACGUCGCCUCCCGGAAUUCAAGUUCUGGUAUGCCAUAACAAAGGCUUUCUGUGUGGCAUUUGUCAUGACUUUCUUCUCUCUUUUUGAUGUUCCUGUGUUCUGGCCUAUAUUGUUGUGCUACUGGAUUGUUCUUUUUGUCCUUACCAUGAGACGACAAAUUAUGCACAUGAUCAAAUACAGAUACAUCCCAUUCAACCUUGGAAAGCAGAAAUAUUCUGGGAAAAGGCCAUCAACAAGUGGCAGCAGCCCAAGGGCCGACUGAACUUUUGCCGGUUUUGGAGAAAGUGGAGGAGGAAGAAGAAAAGAACAAGAUGGAUUGCUGCAUAUCUUUUGGCUAAUGUGAUUCGUACUUACAUUGAACUCUGACCCAAAAACAGAGAAACAAUUGUAGUUUGUUAGCGUUCUUUAAUUGUUUUCUUUUCCAGUUUUCUUGAUUAUCUCUGGUAAUAUUAGUUUAAUUUUUGGACGUAGAGAACCAGAGUUAUUGCUUUGUUUACAAUAGAAGCUAUGUAUACGGAGAAGGAUCUUUUUUAGUCACUAGCAGUGGAAUUUCAUUGGCAUAUAAAACUUACAUCCCUUAGUAACCUGUAUUUUAUGCA